AUGUCUUCUCCGAGCUCCUCAUCUGACGGUGUUCUUGACGAUAUGGUUAUCGCCAUGACGCAGGAGGCGAUUAAUUAUUUGAGAGAAGAAGCCAAAUCCUCUGCAUCGCGUACCAGGCAACCGCCUCUUGAAUGGAAUCGGUUAGCUGCUCAUGAACGUCUGGUGCAAGAUUAUUUUUGUGAAACUCAUUUGUACGAUGAUGUUCAGUUUAAGCGUAGGUUUCGUAUGAGCCGAAGACUAUUCGUUAAAAUUUCCAAUGAUCUUGCGGGCGAAUCCUUUUUUUUUCACGCAAAGGGUGUAAUCUCUCUGUACGGGAGACGAUAUUUGAGGAUGCCAACCUCAGCCGACGUUCCACUUCUAUACGAGGCCCAUCAGCGCAUACACGGGUUUCCUAGAAUGUUUGGUAGUCUUGAUUGCACGCACUGGGAAUGGGCGGCAUGUCCAACUGCUUGGAAAUGGCAACAUCAUCGUGGUGACCAUGAUGGUCCUACCCCAAUAUUACAAGCGGUCGCUUCUCAAGAUUUAUGGAUUUGGCAUGCGUACUUUGGCAUGGCUGGUACGAACAAUGACAUUGCAAUUUUAAUGUCCUCGAAUCUAUUCGACGAUGUCAUAGACGGUGUUGCACCAGAUACUUCAUUCUAUGCGAACGACGUGCAGUAUAAGUAUGGCUACUAUCUCAUAGACAGUAUUUAUCCCGAGUGGGCGACGUUGGUAAAAACUCUUUCGUGUCCAGAUGACGAAAAAAGAUUGUAUUUCAAGAAAAAACAAGAGUCAGCAAGAAAAGAUAUCGAGCGGGCUUUCGGUGUGUUAAAGAAAAGAUGGUCUAUCAUCGCCCAGCCGUCGAGGAUACUUGAAAAAAGUAAAAUGAGAAACGUCAUGUAUACGUGUAUCAUUUUGCAUAACAUGAUAUUGGAGGACUCGGGUAGAGCAUUUUGUGGAGAAAGCUAUGAUGAAAGUAACAAACCGACGAACCCAAUACUAACAUACGCUGAGAAAGAAGAUAUCCGAGCGAAGAUACGGGCUAGGCACACACACCAUAACCUUCGAGCCGAUCUGACAGAGCACCUAUGGUUUUAUCGUGAACAAGGAGGAGUCGACACAGACGCCGAGUAG